AUGGAUAAUGCUUCGACUUAUUCAGGACACUCAAACCAAACGUCAAGUGCCAAGUCCUGUCAAGGAGAUCCUCGAUUACGCCGCGCGACUCAGAGACCGUCCAUGAAUGCCUUUCACAGCCCAUUCGCAUCGCAGGUUGCGACUCCAGCAGAAACGCCCAAUACGUCUCUUGCCUCCGACUGCGCCGGACAGAACACCGAUCAAGCCCAGUCUCUGGGGCGUAUGAAAAAUAGCGAAUGGACUUCGGCCCCUGGAGCUCUGCGCGAUUGCACUUUACAGCCAAACUCCCUGGCGUCAAUCUUUCUGGAGCUUUCAGGUCUUGCUGCUACAAAAGCCCUACACGAGAGAGAAAAGGAGGCAUUACUGGAGGAGAACGUCUCCAUCAAACGGCGCCUUGAAAAGGCACAAUCCAGGGACGCAUUCCCAAUCAUAAUCGAGAAUGCGCAGGCCGAGGAAGCCAAUUCGAAGUUCAAGUUGCGAAAAGUGCAAUCUAAGAUAGACGAAGCAGAGACGGCGCGACGAACCGUCGCGGUCUCUCUGAAUGAGUCUUUACGCGAGCUCUCUUCCAACAAACCAGGAUCAGACUCCAGCUUAGCUCUCGUCUCUCAUGUUGCUCCUGACGAGGAGAACAGGGUCGCGAUGCUCGAGGCAGAGAAUCGAAGAAUUAAGGCCGAGUUACAGGAAAUAAAAGAUCAGAUGCUGCAACAACGUCUGAAGACAGACGCCGCGUCGCCAGCUUCCAUCUCGAAGCUUGAAAAGUCCGUUGAAAAUCAGGUCGUGAGUAACCAAAUGAUCAACAAAAAGUUGCGAAGACUAGAAGAAUGGAGAGAGAACAUGGAGGGCGGAAACGAAAGACAUGGCAUGACAUUGUCAGGACACUCUAUGAAUCUCGACUCGCUCCAACAUGACGUGAAAGCGGCCGACGGAAAGGCCGUUGAGGCACAUAGGCGCGCGGAGGCGUUGGGUGAUCGCCUCACUGUCAUUCAACGCGAAAUUACGUCCCUACGAACCUCGAUCGAUCUUUACUCUCCUUCUCGCCAAGAUUUUGAGAAGACCAUGAAAGCCGCGGAGUCAAUUCUACAGCAAGUUCCAGACAUUACCGCGAAAAUUCAAGCGUUGGACUCUCGAUUCAUGGCAUUCAAGCAAAGCCAUGAUGGUAAGAUUCAUCAGCUUGCAAGCGAUAUUCGCACGGAAGAGGUCGCGGCCAGAAACUCUCAGAGCAACGCUGCCUCAAAAGGUCGUCUUCCUGAUGAUGUCAAGAACGCCGUCGAGAACCUUGAAACCAGCCAUAAAUCAUUACGGAAUACCGUGAAUAAGCUGCUCUUGGACAUGCCGCAAGUGCACAAGUGUCUGGCUAUGCAGGAGUCCAUAGUUGCCGCUGUGCGCUCUUUGGAAAAUCGAUACUCCAACAUCAAUUCCGAAAACUUGGUGAAGAACAUGGCCUCUGCCAUGACAGAGAUGUAUCCUUGUAUGCCGCAAGCCUUGGAACAGCUUCAUCAGCUCAAAUCUUAUUGUACUCAGGAGAUAUCUGCACUCAGGGCCAAUGAAAAGAGACUCCACGCGUCAGUCGAUUCGAGAUUCGAGCAGGCUCAGACGGGCCUCGAUGCCAAGCUCCUCCAUCUUCAGAAAAGUGUCAAUCAGCUCAGCGAUAGUCUCAAAGAGCAACUUGAAGACACCUGGGAGUUCAAGAACAAGUUUCAGACCCACGCGGACGCUUUUUCUGAACUCGCCGAAUUGAUUCCGGAAGCCCAGGGGCAAGCGGAGAAGAUGAAUGAAGCUUUGACGAACUUUGGCAAAAUUUCUCAACAGGUUCUUAAAUUCGAGGAAUACGUGGCGAAUGAGGAGGCCAAAAACGAGACACUUGACCAACUAUCGGAAAAGCUACAAGCAUUAUCACAGAGUGUCAACUCUUCAAUGUCGAAUCACAUGAAUGACAGCGCCCGUCUCUCCGAUCAAAUCGAUCAUCUGACCGCCAACUAUGAAAAUCUCGAGGCCAGUCUCAAGGCACAACAUGAAAUCAUCAGCGUCGAGCAAGGCAAGCGCAUGGCCGAGUCUUCGCGGAUUGACCAUAUAUGGAAACAAAUCAAGCUUGAAAUUGAGAAUCGGAAGGAGCCCGAUCAAGUUUCCGAAUUGUCCAUGAAGCUGGAGUCUCUUGUAUCCAACGUGCGCUCUUUGCAGACGAGACUGGACAAUGAGAUGAAGGUAAUCAUUGAGCGCUUGGAACACUCGGCAUCUGCCGGUGAACUUGGCGCGUUCAAGAACGACGCACUUGCUCGGUUUGAGAAAUUGGCAGCGAUACUUUCCGCGACAUGCAGCGAUCCAUCGUCCCCAGGGGAGCAACAGACAACUAGCCCACCAUCGGGCCGGUUGCUGAUUUCGAACGGCGACGGCAUUGAUUAUCGGAUUCUCGGCAGUGCGGCUCGGAACAGUGAGCGGGAGCAAUGGUCAGGCUCUCCUGUUCCGCCUCCCCCACGUGCAGAGGUUGGUGACUAUGAAUCUGUUAGCUCAGAUGACGUUAUGGAACAGGAGGAAGUGUGUCCCUCAUCCCCCUCUGCAAGCGGGAACAACGCCUCUGUGAGGAAAGCAGCCGUGGAUAUGCCAAUAGCAAUGCGGAUCUCAGAAGAAGGUCGGGCAUGGUUCAGAAAGGAUCCCCAUAGCCCUACUUCAAAUGGAUCGCCAUCUCCCAAGACAUUCAAAUCCGAGCCCAAAUCGUCAGCACUCGCUGGCGAGAAUGCUGUAUGGCGCGCUGAAUCUGGUCCGUCCAGAAAACGUCCUCGUCGUAACACCCUUUCAGAUGACGGACAUCGGUCUGGGACAUCUUCGACUUUCCGCCCAUGGAAAGGCGUGGGUGCCUCAAACGAGAGCGAGGCUGCAAGGUUGAAGAAGCAAAGGAAGAAGGAGAAAAGAGAACGCAAAGAGCAGCGAAGAAGACAGAAAGCUUUGACAAAAUGA